AUGGAGGGAAAGCAGCAGCAGCAGCAGCAGCCGCCUCAACGGGAGCCGGGCCCCGGCGAGCUGAAGGUGCCGGGGGCCGCGGGUGGAGAGCCGUGCUCCGAGGGGAAAGAUGCGGGUGCCGACACACCGGGCAGACCGCUGGGACCCACGCCGAGCCAGAGCCGCUUCCAGGUGGACCUGGUGGCCGAGGCGCCCCGCAAGGCCAACGGAGAAGUCGACGCGGCGGGGAAGGGUAGCGAGGAAGCCAAGGGCCGCUUUCGGGUGAAUUUCGUGGACCCGUCGGCCGGCGACGAGAGCCCCAGCGAGCCCGGCGCCGGCGGCAGCUCGGAGGGCGCCAACGUCAGCUUCCAGAACGGUGGCGACACGGUGCUGAGCGAGGGCAGCCUGCACUCCGGCGGGCACCACCACUACUACUACGACACCCACACCAACACCUACUACCUGCGCACCUUCGGCCACAACACCAUGGACGCCGUGCCCCGCAUCGACCACUACCGCCACACGGCCGCGGACCUGGGCGAGAAGCUGAUCCGGCCCAGCCUGGCCGAGUUGCACGACGAGCUGGACAAGGAACCCUUUGAAGAUGGCUAUGCAAAUGGAGAGGAAGGAACACCAGCUGGAGAUGCUGCUGCCACUUAUACACCUGACAGCAAAGGGAUAGUUAAAUUUGGGUGGAUAAAAGGUGUAUUGGUACGAUGUAUGUUAAAUAUUUGGGGUGUGAUGCUCUUCAUCAGACUGUCAUGGAUUGUAGGACAAGCUGGAAUAGGUCUGUCUGUUGUUGUUAUUGCAAUGGCCACUGUUGUGACAACUAUUACAGGACUGUCUACUUCAGCUAUAGCCACAAAUGGAUUUGUAAGAGGAGGAGGAGCAUAUUACUUAAUUUCCAGAAGUUUGGGACCAGAAUUUGGAGGUGCCAUAGGUCUGAUUUUUGCAUUUGCCAAUGCUGUUGCAGUAGCAAUGUACGUUGUUGGCUUUGCUGAAACAGUUGUGGAGCUCCUUAAGGAAAAUGGAACAUUGAUGAUUGAUGAAAUGAAUGACAUUAGAAUUAUAGGAGCCAUCACUGUGGUUAUAUUGUUAGGUAUUUCUGUUGCGGGAAUGGAAUGGGAAGCAAAAGCACAGAUAGUCUUACUGGUGAUCCUCAUACUUGCUAUUGGAGACUUUGUUAUAGGAACAUUUAUUCCUUUGGACAGCAAGAAGGCUAAAGGUUUCUUUGGUUAUAAAGCUGAAAUAUUUAUGGAGAAUUUUGGACCAGAUUUCCGAAAUGAGGAAACUUUCUUCUCUGUGUUUGCUAUUUUCUUCCCUGCUGCAACUGGCAUACUUGCUGGGGCUAAUAUCUCAGGUGAUCUUGCUGAUCCUCAGUCAGCCAUACCUAAAGGGACACUGUUGGCUAUCUUAAUUACUACGUUGGUUUACAUGGGAAUUGCAGUAUCUGUAGGCUCCUGUGUUGUUCGAGAUGCCACAGGGAACAUUAAUAACACCAUUAUCACUGAACUGACCAAUUGUACUACUGCAGCUUGCAAGUUAAACUAUGACUUCUCAUCCUGUCAGAAGGAGUGUCACUAUGGGCUGAUGAACAAUUUUCAGGUGAUGAGCAUGGUAUCAGGGUUUGCACCACUCAUUUCUGCAGGCAUUUUUUCAGCCACUCUGUCAUCUGCAUUAGCAUCUCUUGUGAGUGCACCUAAAAUCUUCCAGGCUUUGUGCAAAGAUAACAUCUAUCCAGGAUUUCAGAUGUUUGCUAAAGGUUAUGGGAAGAACAAUGAACCACUGAGGGGAUAUCUUCUAACAUUUUUAAUUGCUCUUGGAUUCAUACUAAUUGCUGAACUGAACGUCAUUGCUCCAAUUAUCUCUAACUUCUUCUUGGCUUCAUAUGCCUUGAUUAACUUCUCUGUGUUCCAUGCUUCUCUUGCAAAAUCUCCAGGUUGGCGUCCUGCUUUCAAAUACUACAAUAUGUGGAUUUCUCUUGUUGGAGCCAUUCUGUGCUGCAUUGUGAUGUUUGUCAUUAACUGGUGGGCCGCGCUUUUAACAUAUGUCAUAGUCCUUGGUCUCUACAUUUAUGUCACUUACAAGAAACCAGAUGUAAACUGGGGAUCAUCAACUCAAGCUUUGACUUACUUGAAUGCAUUACAGCAUUCUAUUCGUCUUUCAGGAGUGGAAGAUCAUGUGAAAAACUUCAGGCCACAGUGCUUAAUUAUGACAGGUGCCCCAAAUGCACGUCCAGCUUUACUUCACCUUGUCCAUGCUUUUACCAAAAAUGUGGGCUUAAUGAUCUGCGGCCAUGUACAUAUGGGUCCUCGGAGGCAAGCCAUGAAGGAGUUGUCAACUGAUUUGGCUAAAUACCAGCGAUGGCUCAUUAAAAACAAGAUGAAGGCUUUCUAUGCACCAGUGCAUGCAGAGGAUUUGAGGGAUGGUGGACAGUACUUAAUGCAGGCUGCUGGAUUGGGUAGAAUGAGACCUAACACUCUUGUUGUUGGAUUUAAGAAAAAUUGGCGACAAAGUGACAUGAGAGAUGUUGAAACCUACAUUAAUUUAUUCCAUGAUGCCUUUGACAUUCAGUAUGGUGUGGUUGUCAUCCGCCUAAAGGAGGGUUUAGACAUUUCUCACCUUCAGGGGCAAGAAGAGUUACUGUCAUCCCAAGAAAAAUCUCCGUGUUCCAAGGAUGUCAUAGUAAAGGUGGAUUAUAGCAAGAAGUCUGAGACAGACACUUCUCUAGCUUUUGUUCCAUCGUCUAGUGAGAGAACUCCUGCUCUACAUAAAGAGGAGGACGAGGAUGGAAAGACUCCAACACAACCACUGUUGAAAAAAGAUUCAAAGAGCCCAUCUUCUCCUUUAAAUUUGGCUGACCAAAGGCUUCUUGAUGCUAGUAGUCAGUUUCAGAAGAAACAGGGCAAAAGCAAUAUUGAUGUCUGGUGGCUCUUUGAUGAUGGAGGUUUGACACUAUUGAUUCCAUAUCUUAUUACAACCAAGAAAAAAUGGAAAGAGUGUAAGAUAAGAGUGUUCAUUGGUGGAAAAAUAAACAGGAUUGAUCAUGACAGAAGAGCGAUGGCUACCCUGCUCAGCAAGUUUCGGAUAGACUUCUCAGACAUUAUGGUUCUUGGGGAUAUUAAUACUAAGCCAAAGAAAGAAAAUAUUGCAGCUUUUGAAGAAAUGAUAGAGCCUUUCAGACUUCAUGAAGAUGAUAAAGAGCAAGAAGUUGCAGAUAAGAUGAAGGAGGAUGAACCGUGGAGGAUAACAGAUAAUGAACUUGAACUUUAUAAAACAAAGACUUAUCGGCAGAUCAGACUAAAUGAGUUGCUCAAAGAACACUCAAGUACAGCUAAUGUAAUUGUAAUGAGUCUGCCAGUUGCACGAAAAGGUGCAGUUUCUAGUGCACUCUACAUGGCCUGGUUAGAAGCUCUUUCGAAAGAUCUGCCACCAAUUCUUCUUGUUCGUGGGAAUCAUCAGAGCGUUCUUACCUUCUAUUCCUAAGAUACUGCUCCUGAGACAGCUGUAAGGACAUGGUACUUAAGUGCCCUGGGAAGAGUGACUGAUGUGGUCUAUUGAUUAUUAACAUCACAAAGGCAAAAAGUGACUCUUCUUUCACUAUUUCACUGACUUGAAAGCACACAAGGAAAGUCAAUGUAUUUCUAAAGUUGUGACAUCUUCAGUUUUAUUCUAUAUUUUCUGUAAUUUAAUCUUGCUUAAUGGGGGAGGAUUCCUUGUUAGACUGAAGAACAAGGCAAGCUUUUUGUUUGCUAUUUGAAUAGCAGCAAUAAAAGUGGUUUAUUUUUAAUCAAUGAAAGGAUUAUAGAUUUAUAAAAGCCUUUUAGCCUUGAGGUGCCUUCUGAAAUUAACCAAAUCUCAUCCAUACAUCCUACUUUGUAAAUUUAUAUAGAAUGUCAAAAUCUGCCUUCAACUAAGACUUUAGAUCAGACUUUCUUUAGUUUUUAGUCUCUUCCAUAUUACAAUAAAAAUGAAUGCUGCUUUUUAGUCUUCCAUUGAGUUAUUAGUUCUUAGUACUGUAUGUUUUCUAUUGUCAGAAAGUUUUGUUGAUUUUUUUUUUUUUUUUUUUUUUUAAUUAUUAUUACUAUUAUAUCUGUUAGACUUUAAAUAAAAGCAAGAAUUGAGGCAGGUCAGUUGAACAAAGACAAAUCCUUGAUGUUGUCUGGACUUUGUUUUACUUUAACUGUUACAAAAUUUAGCUCUGUUCCAAAAUAAAACUGCUGUCAGAGAGGAUCCUA